AUGACCAACACCUCUCACACGCGUCGUCGUUCCUCGUUUUCGCACCAUCGUUACUACUACUACUACUACUACUUCGUGUUAUUCUUUUCUUGGUGGUGUUGUAGUUGUUGUUUCGAAGCGAUAUCAUCGUCAAAGUUCGAUAUCGUUAACGGCGAUUCUGAUGAUGAUGAUGAUGUCGGAAGCAGCCGCACGAGCGCGUCAUCGAGACGGCAUCGAAGUUUGUACGAUCCCGACGACAAAAAAGACUUCAGAACAGACGAAGAGAAUAACGCGGUGUCGUUGGAACAUCGAAGAGCGGAUAUUUACGAGCGGAUAUUUGAACACGAAGAGAAACAACAACUCCUUCAUAGGGAAAGUAUGAUGAAGAGAGCAAAGAAUACCAAGAAUACGGAGUAUGAGGAGGAAAAGGAGGAGAAGGAAGACGACGAUUUAAUCGGUAUCGAAGAUGUCAGAAGAGAGGAGGAAGAAAAAGAGCCGCGAGGAGGAAAAGGCACCUUUGAAACGAAGACUUUAAUGACGGAGAGAAUGUUGGUAGAACUGGAAACCGGGUACGCCGAGGCGAUGCGAGAGUUUCGGGAAAGGGCAAACGCGGCGAGUUUAGAAAAAUUGAACAGAUUGGGCGAGGUAUAUCGUAACGCGACGAGAGAAUACUUUGAGGCGUCUGAGGAGAAUGCGAGGAAAGUGAACAACGCGACGAUGACGACGACGGAUGCGAAAGAAGUAUUUUCGCGAAGAUUAGACGAGUACGAAAACAUGUGGAUAGACAAACUCGGCAUGAACGAGUUUCCAGAGGAACCGUUAGCGAGUAACGCGUACUUUCCUGAAUUUUUGCCAACUGCAGAUGCGGAAACUCUGUGUAAAAAGUUUAUCAGCUCUGCAAAAGAAGUGUCGCCGCAUCGCGCCAAACGAAACGUUAUUCAAUUUCCAGACGUGGAUUUUUUCAAUCGACAUACGUGGCCCACAUUAGGUAAGCUUAUCGAAGGGAGCGCCGUCAUUGCCGAGUCAAAAGUAAGGAGUCUGUACAACAAGAGUAAAAGUGAAGAAGUCGACGACGACCCGUUUACGUUCGAGAUGGUACCGGCACAAAUCCCGGUGGACCAGUUUAAGUUUAGCAAAAUUUCUGACUGCCCGAACCGCGAGAACGUAUAUUCGUGUCUUUUUGGAAAGCGUUCGGAGAACGAAGAGGAAAAUAACGAGCUUUGUACAAAAUGGACCAUUUCAAGAAGUAUUUUUUCAAAAAAAGAUUAUGAUGGCGGCAAGAAGGGGAGCAUCGAGGAGGAAGAUGAUAGCAAUCAUUCUUACUUCUCGCGCCAAGCUGGAAAAAAUUCUAACGCGCAUGCCGUGUUAACCGGGGCGAUUAUAAAUUACAUGGCGCCUAAUAUAUACGUCGACGAGAAAUUUUCUCGCGUAAAGUGUACGAGGACGAACGACAUCGAGAGUGGACGCAAAAGCGGGGAGGUGUUCUUCGUGUCCGUACACGGUCGGAGAAGCGAUUCUUGUAAUCUUUACUCCUCGAUCAAAAAAUACGGCAAAGAUAUAUGGAAUGAUCCGGAUGACAGAAAUCUUGGUCGCGCGUGCUUCGAUUCUCUCGAGUACAAGAAAGCGCUGCGGAUGUUGAUCCAUAAAUACUACGACCGAGGAGGUCGCGGCGCGUUCAAAAGUGUCACAGUUUUACUCGCCAGCGACUCCUCGGAGUUCAUACAAGAUAUGGUACGAGAAGAAACAGGAGGGAAUACUAAUGAACUCGACGAAUUAGACGACGAAAUGAACUACUGUUGGAUUGACCCCUCGACGCCGAGAGUGCGAGACGCGUACGGCACCGAGAAGACGUAUCGAAAAAACGUAAACUGGAUCGAAAAUAGAAUAGAUUUGGACGACAAAAGGAAAGGAGAGGUCGUUUCCGACUUAUCCUUGGCAGAACUCGAUCACAUAUCGAAGGGAUACGCGCUCAUCGGCGGCUUCCACGGGCAUUUCACUCGCGCCGCGUAUUACUUGAUCUCCGGACGACUCGGUGCGCCCGCGCCGUACGUUUCCUUGGACGGGGGUGGUUUUAUACACCGCGACGAUUACCUUCAGAUGAAAGAAAAGAAAAAGGAUACCGCGGAAAAGGCUGAAAAAGACUUCGGGGAGUCUUGGUUCAAGUGGAUGCACGUGGUUUAG